CUCCCGCCGCGGAGCUGCAGGCUGAAGCCCAGGCUUGUGCAGCCAGGGGUGCAGGAGGGAGGGUAGGGGCAAGCCCAGAAAGUCGGGAACACAACGCUGUGCCGCAUUGUGCCCACCCCUCGUCUCCCGACACGAAGGCUGCUCAAGCCCAGGGUGUUUUUUUCCUUUUCACUGCCACCUCCCAGUCCCUGGCCCAACAUGAUACUGACUAAAGCCCAAUACGACGAGAUAGCCCAGUGCCUAGUGUCUGUGCCGCCUACCAGGCAGAGCCUGAGGAAGCUGAAGCAGAGGUUCCCCAGUCAAUCGCAGGCCACUCUGCUGAGCAUCUUCUCCCAGGAGUACCAGAAACAUAUUAAGAGAACACAUGCCAAACAUCAUACUUCGGAAGCGAUUGAAAGUUAUUACCAGAGGUAUCUGAAUGGAGUGGGGAAAAAUGGAGCUGCCCCAGUACUCCUGGAGCUAGCCAAUGAGGUGGACUACGCACCCUCAUUAAUGGCUCGGAUUAUACUGGAAAGGUUUCUACAGGAGCACGAGGAAGCUCCACCCUCCAAGUCUGUUAUAAAUAGUAUGCUACGGGACCCUUCUCAGAUUCCAGAUGGAGUUCUAGCAAAUCAGGUCUAUCAGUGCAUCGUGAACGACUGCUGUUAUGGACCACUGGUGGACUGCAUCAAACAUGCCAUUGGUCAUGAGCAUGAAGUUCUGCUCAGGGACUUGCUUCUGGAGAAAAACCUGUCCUUCCUAGAUGAAGAUCAGCUCCGAGCAAAGGGUUAUGACAAAACACCAGACUUUAUUUUACAAGUACCCGUUGCUGUAGAAGGGCACAUAAUUCACUGGAUUGAAAGCAAAGCCUCAUUUGGUGAUGAAUGUAGCCACCACGCCUACCUGCAUGACCAGUUCUGGAGCUACUGGAACAGGUUUGGGCCAGGCUUAGUCAUCUACUGGUACGGAUUUAUCCAGGAGCUAGACUGUAACCGGGAAAGGGGCAUCCUGCUCCAAGCCUGUUUCCCCACCAACAUCGUCACCUUAUGCCAUAGCAUUGCUUGACCCUGAUGGUCCUGGAAGAGAAGCUGGGAGGAAAAGAUGAAUCCGGAAGCAAUUUUACUUUCCUGCAGUGUAAACUCCUGGCAGCAUCUGCCCUGAACUUCAGCUGAACUCUCGCUGCCCGUGGUCACACCACUACCUCUUUAGACAAACAUAUCAAGAGUUUCUGUUUUCCUUCACCCCUUGCUCAUGUGAACAGCCAAGAACUACAGACACAGCCCACUCAUUAUCAGCAUUUCUGUCUCUGUCAAACAGUUAGUUUAUAGAUAGUCAUAAUCUUUCUUCCUUCCGGAUGGUUUCUCCUUAUAUACUGAACAAAAGAAAAAAUGUGGAGACUGAAAGGUGUGAUUUUUCAAUUUUCCUCCCAGUUACUGAAUCGCCUUUUUUUUUUUUUUUUUUUUUUUUGGUAAGCCUCCAUUCAUUCUCUCUCCCUCCCCCUUUCUCUUCAUGUACACUCACAGAUACCCAGGGUUGCGUUACUGUCAUGGAAUAACCUAGCACAGUCCCAGCAAAGCCGAAAUCAUGAAGGCUGCAACUAGAUUUUCGCUCUCACCUGCAAGGGCAGACCUUGCUGGGAGCCUGCGUUUGUUUUGUCCAGUCUUUAUGGUUUCCUGACUUCUAUGGCAGUAAGCCAAGCUGAAAAAAAUAUACUUGAUGAGAAUUUCCUCUUUCUAUAAUACUUAUUUAAGCACCAAACAUUUUCCAUUUAUCUCAUUUAAAAGCAUGAGUUACGUUGUGUCUGGAAACCACACUCCUUCUUUGGAUUGGGGGCUGAGGGCAGACGACUGAAGCUGGGUGCCAGCCUUGACAAGAGUUUAUUUUUAAACGUAACUAGUUGUCAGUAUGUAUGGUAGUCAGUAUUUUUAUGAGUAAAAUUUUUCAAAAGCGCAUUCUGUACUCUGCUUUGUAUCUGCAUUUUAUACCGCAUAAUUAUAUAACACUCAAAUAAUUUAGGCAUUAGGAUUGUUCAGCUUUGAAUGAAUUAAGUGUACCAAAAAUAAACCUAGAGGAAUUUUCAAGUAAGCAAAAGAAGUUUUGUAUUUGUUCACUUUCAUUUAUUCACUUUUUCUACUGCAAACCAAAUUUCAAUCUAAAGGAAAACAUCAGUAAAUUCAUUAUAAACCUAUCUUUUAGGAAGGUGAAAAAUUAAUCCAUACCCAAAAAUGUACUUAGUAAAAUAUUUGCCCUCAUGUUGACAAAACAUAAUAUUCUUUAUAAUGUUGAAUGAGUUUGGAAAUAUUAGUAAAAAUGUAACUUUUACAAACACCUUCAAGUUAUAUACAUCGCUUGGUUCUUUCAAAAGACUAAAUAUACCAUUUGUACUUUGUUCAUUUUGUACCUAAGAAGAUUUGCAGAAAUCUGCCUACUGCCUUUCCUUUUGAAGGACACAAACAUGUCAGGUUCAGGCAUGGAUUUUAGCUCUGUUGCAAGUUGCAUUAAACAAAAAAGAAAGAGGAAGAAGAUGAAACAGUAAGGUGGCAUCAGGCAAACUUCUGUUUCAGUGUAAGAUUCACCAUGCAGGUUUCAUGAGUAAAAUAGAAUGAUUUGGAACCACUGCUGUUGUCUUGAUACACACUCACACACACACACACACACACAUUUUAGACUAAAAUGUUGUUAAAAGCAGUUUUCAUGGCAUGCUCUAAACUGCUUUUUCUUCUUUAGAAAUAAAUUACAUUUAUCUGCACAGAUGUUGAAAACCCUGUUAAACCUUCGUCAAGAAUUUGAUUGUUUUAUAUUAAACAAAUUUAUGAUGACGGUGCACAAAUAAAUUUAAAAAAUGAAAGAGGUGCUUGCAUUUCAGAAUUUGCUCUUCAACUGGUGCCCUGACAUAAUGUGUUAGGAGAAGGUACCGGUGUUCUCUGGCAAGGGCACCACCUCCUCUUUAUGAAUGGCGUUUUAAAAUCUGGCCCUGCAAAGUGGGGAAGGAACCAGCAGUAGACUGUACGUACUAUGAUAAAGUUACAAGUUAUUUAAAACUAAGCUUUAUUCAACAUAAAAACUAAUGUGAUUAUAACGUCUACUAUUUUUCAGUUGGAAGAGUGUGGUGAGGGGCCUAGCGUUCCCAGACUGGAAGCUGAAAUCCUCCUUGUUCCUCUUUUAUACUUGCCCAGUGUCUGCUCUCACAAACGAGAGACCCUAUUUGUUCGAAGCAUGCAGAGGCAUGAGCUCAGAACAAAGCGGAUCCAGUAUUUCAGGUGACUUCAUAGACCCCACCCCAUUUCCACCCAAAAAACAAACAAAGAACGGUGAGAAUUCUUUUUUUUUCUUUUGCUUCAGGCGAGGUGUAUGUCAACUCUUCUAACACUCCUAAAAUCAUAUAUAAAAGGGAGGCUCAGGGGUGCAGAGUAGAAAGCUGGAUCUCCAGAGGGAAUCAUUUUCUUUUAAGCAUCAGUGUGUGUACCUGCUCAUUAUUGGCAAGGCUUGAUUCCACCCUGGAAGAAGAUGAUAAAUUGUCCGUCUUUGGGGGGUGCAUUCACUCAUUGAAGCCUCCAGGGGAUAGCUUAGAGCCCUGGAUGAGGUCAUCCACUAAAUGGGCCCUGGGGGGGGCCUCACUAAUUAAUGCACAGCCCCCAAGUGAACAGUUAAUUCACUCACCCCUCCCUGAGGAGCUACACCCAGUGUUUCCUUUCCUCUCUGGAACCAAGAUAGCUGAGAUGUCUGCUCUUUUUAACCUGUUCCGCCCUAGGACCUGGAGUUUCAGUUGAAUUAGAUCUUCCAUGUGCUGUACUCCCCUCACUUCCUGCCUCUUCCUGGCUGUCCUCGCCUUCUCCUGCCUUUGCAGUUUCCUUCCACGUGGACACACGUUCCGCACUCUCUCACUACCCCUUGUCUCUUUUUCUCUCUAGAAAAUGAUCCCAGGACCAAAAUGCAGCUCAUCGGAGUCCUGAUCCAUAUAUUUUUUGGAGUCCAAGUUGGGGGAGAACAAUUGACCUAAGCUCUCUGGGGAAAAGCACACCUAAGCAUCUUUGGCAUCUGAAGGUGAUAAAACUUGUAACUAAGAUAUUACAGGGUCAAAUAUGGUCUGAGGUUUAGUGUGUCAGUAACUGUUUUGGCAAAAGGAGCCAAAAGAACAUGUGAGGUUUACAGAUACUUUCAGGCUGAAUGGUGGUGUUCAGCUGAUUAAAAUUACGAAUUUAAAUAGUAAAAUGUCUCUGUGAUUUAGUUAGAGAAUCACUCCUAGCUCGUUCAUGUUGGGGGCAGCUUGCCAUUUUCCAUGUGAUCUGCAAGUUGCCUCGAAAAGUAUAACUAUUUUGUGAAUAGGACAGGAGGAGAAAAUCUCCCAAUUGGCACAUUCUCAAUUAGGGUCAAGGAACAAAGCCAGCUUAACUAGAGAGGAAAUAAAAGGCAAACAAUAGGAGUUUGCCUGCACUGUCACCACUUAUAGAGAGGUGCCUCUCUGGACCUGCCUGGGAAGUCACUCUCAGGUUAAGGAAGGGUCGCAGUGACAAAAGUUCGGACCAUCUAAUUGUAUUACCCCAAACUAACCUUCCUAUAUAUAGUAAAAACAGUCUGAAGAUGUUUUAUUAAGAACAUGCCUGGAUUUGAAAGAUUAAGGAAAAUGGAAUUAUGAAUUAAAUAAUAACCAGAACAGCUUGGGUUCCCCUUGUGUUUUUCACUUUCCUGCUAUUGUUUUGAAUGUGGCUGUGAGACAAAGAGCUGCUUAGGUCAAGGACUAUAAAUUACAGUUUUCAUACAAUAGUCAUCCACUAAAAUGAUUUCAAAGCUUGAUCAAAGUACUUCAGAAAGACUUUUAAAACUUUUCCACAAUGCAGGGGGAGGGGAAACGCUCAUUUGAUGCCUUAAUUUGCUUCAGUCAGUCUAGCAGAGUUGCAUCUUGGCGUCAUACCUACUUUAUAUAAAAUCCCACUCAUUAGUUAAAGAAACCCAACUUGUUCUUACUGUUGUCUCACGUACAAGUAAAAAGGAUUUAAGUUUCCAUCUGGUUAACUAGCACAACUAAACCUUCGGAGACACUUGUAAGGAAAAGAUGCACAUAAUCCUGCUUUAAAAUAAGCAUAACUUGACAAUAUUUAAUCGUGAUAUGCAAGGUAUUUAAGACUAACUCCCUGUCUUAGAAUAAAGUGGAUAUCAGUGGAUUUAGUUGUCAUCUUAAUAAUAGUCGUGAUAAUAGAUAGAUUUCAUUUUUCAUCUCUUUUCCCUCAACAUGCAUGUACCUGGAGCUGUCUCAUGUUAUAAGCAAGGAUGAUGGGAGGUACCCUAGUGGUAGAUAAGCUAAGCAGAUUCUAGGCCCAGCCAUACAUGAAGACAGUGUGGGAUUGCUGCAACAAUGCUUCUACGUCAGGCUGUAUACUUCCUCAGAGGAAGAGAACCCCAGCCGCAACCCUAAGAGGCACAUCAUGAUUGCUCUAAGCCACUCACAGCACCUCCCUUCUGUUACCAGUGACUGGUAUAGGCGUAGACAUAUGAUGCAAUUGGACCAAAAACAGUUGAGAGAAGGUCUGCUGAAAGGCUUCUGGAAAAGGCCUUCUUUGCUGAUCAAGAAUCACAAAAGAAACAGUCCCUCUUCUGCUGGUUGUAGUUGUAUCUGAAUGGGAUGCAUGAACUGCUGUGGCUAUCUGGCAACCAGGAGCAGUGCUAGACUGCAGACAAGCCAGCUCCCUGAGGAUGAGGAGGCAGAAACAUGGGAAAAGCCUGACUGAGGACGUUACUGAGUCCCUGAAUUGGAACUGCCACAUCUCCUGUUAUCUCAGUAAUAAAUUUUCUUUACUCUUUAAGCCAGUCGAGUCAAGCUUUUCUGUAUUUGGAGCCAAGAAUGCCAUAAGCAAAUACACUGUUACUUACAGCAAACAUACUGUUUCCCAUUGCGGUGGGGAAGGGAAGCUGAGAUCACAGAAAAGGAAGCAGGACAUCCCCCAUUUAUUUUUUGGAUCUUGAGGAUAUAGAAUAGUAUUUAUUUUAGUGAUUAAAAAUAUGGAUAAAAUACUAAUCUUAAAUGCUGAUAAAAGAGGAAACUGGACAUGGGAUAAAUGGAUACUCUGUACUAUCUUCACAAUUUUUCUAUAAAUCUAAAACUAUUAGAAAAUAAAGUUCAUUUGAAAAUAGGGAUAAAAAUAACAGUAGAUAAAACAAAGAAAGUGAGCCUUUAAAAGUGAAAUUACUUUGAAUAGUGGCUCUUCACAGGUGAUCAACUUUUAUGGCAAAACCUCUUCACUUCUACAGUUAUUUCCAUGCAUCUUCCUACAGAGUGAAGGCACUUCCUGAAAAUGCGUAAAGGAACAGGAAUUAGUGUGUCUAUUAUUGAUAGAUAACAGCCACACUAGAGGCGUGAAGUGACCUGCUGGAGGUCACACACUAACAAGGGACAAAGCCAAGAACAGACCUUGCCUCCCAUGAAGGCAGCUUUGCUUUUUCUUCUCUUCCUCUACUUGAAUGGCAAGACCCACUUCCAGAAACUUAUGGAAAAAGGAAAUUUUCAAUUUGGAGAAAACUAUUCAGACAAUCUGCACACAGAGUGAUAAUUCAAAUGCUAUGAGGUGAAGAAUAUAAUUUUUUUCUUUUAAUUUUAAAAAGAACAUAACUGGAAAAACAAUUCAUUGAGCAAAUUGCUAUCCCAAACACCCCAAAACACCUUGACUUUCACCAAACCUUAGCAACUUACAGGACAAUUCAAUAAGAAGAAGAUGCCCUUUAUACUCCUCUAUUUCUUUAACAAAGCUAAUCAUAUUUAUUAGAAUAAAUUUAUAAACAAUGGGCAAAAUACAUAUGUCUCUUUCAACUAGUCUCUUCAAUAUAAAACAUUCUUGUUCUGAAAGCCAAAUUUCUCUACAUAACUUAUAAGUAAGGCAAAGUAUGAGCUGAACAUUAUCCAGUGGAAGUAUAUCUGAAUCACUGAUAGACUGUAUGAAAA